GGAUGGUCCAAUUUGGUCGUCCAUGAUCCAUUUCCAAAUUCGGGUUAGGGUUUCCAUUCUAAGCCGAUAAAAUCAGAAACUGCACUUUCACUCUCACUCUCCGUUUCUCGUUAGUGCUGCCUCGUUUGCGCCUCUAGUAUUGAAACAUUAGCGCAUACAUUUAGCAAACAUGGCAGUCACAUUCUACAACCUUAGCUCUGCGUCUGGAUUGAAGAAGCUGGAUGAGUACCUUCUCCCGCGCAGUUAUAUCACUGGGUACCAAGCUUCAAAGGAUGAUCUUACUGUCUAUGCAGCUUUGCCAACGGUUCCGUCGGAUGAAUAUGUGAAUGUGUGCAGGUGGUACAAGCACAUUGAUGCUUUGUUGAGAAUAUCCGGUGUUUCUGGUGAGGGAUCUGGUGUCACUGUGGAGGGGUCUCUUGUUGCCGAGGAUGUUGCAACUCCCCCAGCUGCUGACACGAAGGCUUCUGCUGCUGAGGAUGAUGACGAUGAUGAUGUAGAUUUGUUUGGUGAAGAGACCGAGGAAGAGAAGAAGGCAGCUGAGGAAAGGGCAGCUGCAGUGAAGGCAUCUGCAAAGAAGAAAGAGUCUGGUAAAUCAUCUGUUCUGUUGGAUGUGAAGCCAUGGGAUGAUGAAACCGACAUGAAAAAGCUUGAAGAAGCAGUGAGAUCUGUUCAGAUGGAAGGGUUGCUUUGGGGUGCAUCCAAACUUGCUCCUGUUGGGUAUGGUAUCAAGAAACUGCAAAUUAUGCUUACCAUUGUGGAUGACCUAGUUUCUGUCGACAAUCUUAUUGAGGAAUAUCUUACAGUCGAGCCCAUCAAUGAAUAUGUCCAGAGUUGUGACAUUGUGGCCUUCAAUAAAAUAUAAUCUACAAUUCAUCGGACUUGGCGAUCAUGGCAGAGGGAGAAUUGCAAGUUUAGAAAUUAUGUUAUUGGGAAAGCACCCUAAAUUGAGAAUUUUGUUCUUACAAACUUUCAUGCUAUCAUUUUCAUAUUAUGGCACUCUGUUGUUGUGAUAUCAUCGGAUUAUUUCGGUAGACUUACAAUCCUUUUUAGGCUUUAAGCCUUUGAUGUGUGAUGCGUUUUUUCAAAUUUUUGUUCCAGAUUAUCGUGUUUGUUUUGUUGAUGUGAGAAGGCAUUUCCUUGAGAACACAUAUACGCACACAACACACCGUUACUAUUCCCCAGUUUUAAAUUUUAUAAUUUUAUACAGUGCUAUUAAUGGAUAUUUUUUCAAAGG